CCGCCGUAGAGAGAGCGGAGUACGGUGGCCGCGGGGCGGCGGCGACGGGCUCGGCCGGCCGGCGCGGGGCCGCCAUGGGCAACCUGUUUGGCCGCAAGAAGCAGAGCCGGGUCACCGAGCAGGACAGGGCCAUCCUGCAACUGAAGCAGCAGAGGGACAAGCUGAGGCAGUACCAGAAGAGGGUCACGCAGCAGCUGGAGAGGGAGCGGGCCCUGGCCAGGCAGCUGCUGCGGGAUGGCAGGAAAGAACGGGCCAAGCUGCUGCUCAAGAAGAAGAGGUACCGGGAACAGCUACUCGACCGGACAGAGAACCAGAUCAGCAGCCUGGAAGCCAUGGUUCAGAGCAUCGAGUUCACGCAGAUUGAGAUGAAGGUGAUGGAGGGGCUUCAGGUGGGCAACGAGUGUCUGAACAAGAUGCACCAGGUGAUGUCCAUAGAGGAGGUGGAGAGGAUCCUGGAUGAGACCCAGGAGGCAGUAGAGUACCAGCGGCAAAUUGAUGAGUUGCUGGCAGGAAACUUUACUCAGGAGGAUGAGGAUGCCAUCCUGGAAGAGCUGAAUGCAAUCACUCAGGAACAAAUCGAGUUACCGGAGGUUCCUUCAGAGCCCCUUCCUGACAUAAACCCAGAAGCACCUGCCAAGGCCAGAUCCAGGCAGGCAGAGCUGGUGGCAGCUUCAUAACUCUGACUCUCCAGGGACUCGCAGGGACUCUCUGAGGACUGGCCCACAGAGCGUUGGGCUGCGUGUCAACCCUGAGGGCUCCCAGGAGGUCUGAAGGGCUGCGCCGGCCAGUGCGGGUGCUGGUGGCUGGAGCGGCAGCUCAGACGGCCCUGACGUCAGGGCACCACAACGCGAUUCGAGCUUUAGUCUGGAUGCACCGUUGUCCUGCUCUCGUUCUGGAUUAAGUGGACACUCAAAGCCCAGCCAGGCCCGGCUUCAGGCAGCUGUGGUUCCCACAGUGGCUGCAGCCCGAUAUUCCUGGUGCUGUUCUCAUGGCUGACCCAGUCUGUGUGACCUGCGCUCUUUUGUGAGGAAGCGCUUCAGACCUUGGGGUCCCUAUGUUUCCUUCUCUUGUCUCUGCUGCUCCAAGCUGGUGGGGAGCUUCAGUUAAGGGGUUCUCACCGUGCCUGGCCUCCUGAUGUCCCUCAGUUUCCCUACAGGCUUCUUCUUUGGCACCUCAGACUUGAGCCUCCUAUGUUUUGGGGAGGUGGACCAGGGGCCAUCCUGCUGAAUGGACAAGUCUAGGAACCUGACUUGGUCUUCACAGAGGAAAGACAUCUUGAAGGAGGUGACAAGACCCUGUUCCAGUGGGUGUGUACCCCAUGGAAUCUGGACACACAGCUGCCAGUCCCUAAGCCACCAAUGCCCUGGAGGAACAGAGCUUGGAGGUGACUUUCAGGGUCCUGUGCUUGUUUGAUAGGGGACAGUCCCUGAUCCUUGGGUCCUUGAGGACCACAGGGCUUUCCAUCCUUUCAGGGCCCACCAGGAAAGGACGUCUCUUCCGUAACCCAAAACGGGUCAACUCCAGUAUUAAAGUUGGCCCCUGCAUGGUCUCCUGCCUCUUGGACUAGA